GAGGAGGAGGAGGAGGAGGAGGAGGACGACAUUGUGCGUAUGUUUUGGUGUUUUGUCCUGUAGUAACAACAUUCUGACAGCAGGAGGCAGACAAGCUGCCUAAAAAGGUAAUCCUGUUAUCAUUGUCUCCAUUUGUUAUCAGAUUAUAUUGAGUUUUAUAGUAACUGAAUCAUGUUGAACAUCAUUUUAGUAUUUGACAAAUUUAUAAUUGAAUUCCCCCCAAAUUUUGGUAAGUAGAACAUGUAUUCCUUUUACCUGAUCCAAUUUGUUAUUGAAUUAGAUCAUUAUCUGCAAGAGGGCUCAAUAUGAACAGUGAAAAAACCUGAUAUAACAGGAAAGCUGGGAUACAGAGGUCUGAUCAUUUUAGGCUGUCUUCAAAGCAUUACUUUGGCUCUUCUUUUGCUGAAGAGCUUCUAGACCUGAAAAGAAAGAGAAAGUUUUUUGUUAUUAUAUUGAAAUACUAAAACAUAUGUAGCUGUAUGUAGUGAUCACUGUAUGAAGACAGGGGGUUGGCUACUUAUACCACUAACUGGAGAUGUGGGUAACUGUCACCUGUAGUUUGGUUGUCUGUUUCAUCUCCCGGUUGGUUGUUUCUAUUAUUGUUUCUGAUAUUGUAAAGACUCUAUAAAUCUGUAGCAUGUGAGUCUUAAAAAUGUGAUAUUUUGUCUGAUUAACAUAACAAAAACAAGGAUAUGCACGUAUAUAUUCGGGACUGUACCUAUGAUUUGUGAUAAUACAGAGAUGUUUACAGAUUAUAUCAAGUAGUUUGUGUAUUUUUAAAAGUAAGUUACGCUCACAGUCUGUAGGCCUGCUCGUUGUACCAAAUGUCUCUAAAAGUAGUAUUGGAGGAAGAGCUUUCAGCUACCAGGCACCUCUCCUCUGGAAUCAUUUACCGCUCGAGGUUCGGGGGCAGACACCCACUCAACUUUCAAGAGUAGACUUAAAACGUUCCUCUUUGAUAAAGCUUAUAGUUGGGGCUGAUUUGAACCAGCUCUUAGUUAUGCUGCUGUAGGUCUAGACUGCCAGGGUUAUCUGGCACACUGAGCUAGAGUCUGUCUCUAUCUCUCCUUUAGAUCUUUAUGUCCCACAUAAGUCACUAACCAGAUUUCUCUCUCUCUGAGUGUCUCUGAGUCUCUUAGCUUCCACUGGACUAAUGCUGCAGACAGUCUGCUGUGGAACUGCCUGACCCCAGCUGCAUUAUCCCUGAUUGUCCACCCUGGGCCCUGAGCUCCUUCUUCUCUUGGAUUCCUCUGGACUGUUACUGCAGACAUGAACAUCAGCCUCACUGAUACUGACAUUAAUAACAUAAAAAAUAGAGCUGACUACGAUUAGGCCUGCUGACUGUAAUCACAUUUAAUUAAUUUAACAUUGUCAAUAAUCACUCAUAUCCUAACCCUGUAAACUGAACUCAUUUUGUUUCACCAUUACAUGAGCUGUUGUUGUUGCUGUUGUUUCUGCUGUCCCCUGUCUCUCUCUCACCCUCGUUCUCUACUCUCUCUCCCUCCCCCUCCCUCUCCUUACUCAUUCUCUCUCUCUCCUUCCCCUUAUCUUGUUCUCUCUCUCUCUCUCCCUGCCCUCUCCACUCCUCUCUCUCUCUCUCUCUCCCUCCAUCUCUCUACAUUCCUCCCCAACCCAGCAGCGGCAUGGUGGCUGUCUGGCAUGAGUGAGGUCCUGCCCAAGGUUUCUGCCUGUGAAAAGGAAGUUUUUCCUUGCCACUGCUACUCAUGUUAGUUGAGAUGGGCCAAAACCCAUCUUAGGUUGGUUCUUGAUCAUCAAACUAUGAGCGUGGUCUAGACCUGCUCUUAUUCUUUGAAAAGCGUCUUGAGAUGACGACUGUUGUGAACUGGCGCUAUAUAAAUAAAAUUUGAUUUGAUUGAUUGAUUGAACCUCCGAAUAACUUUUAAAAACUGAGCUGUACAGAAAAAAGAGGACUUGAGCACAAACCAGUCUGACAGUAACUACAUGUCAACAUCGCAAGCAGGGGGAAGAAAAGUUUAUAUUCUGUGUAAUAAAUUUCUAAAGUUUGUCCACAGCCCCAUAAGCUUUGCUGGCAGAGGCGGGAUUUAUGACCUAUACUGCAGCCCGCCAACAGAGGGUGCUGUUCUCGGAGUGGCUUCACCCAGUGAGGAGGCAGAUGCUGUCCAUUUUAUAUAAAGUCUGUAGUAGUGGCCAAAAGAAUAAGAUCGCGGGUACAAGCAAUUUCGUCUGCUGGGUGACUGGUCUCUCCCAUAGAAAAAGGGUGAGUCUCAGUCUUUGGGGAGGGGCUCGGAGUAAAGCUGCUGCUCCUCUGCUUUGGGAGGAGUCACAUGAGGUGGCCUGGGCAUCUAAUCAGGAUGCCUUCUGGACACCUCGCUGAUUAGGUGUUCAGGGCACAUCCCACUGGUAGGAGACCAGGGGGAAGACCCAGGACACACUGAAGACGCUUUAUCUCUCAGCUGGCCUGGGAAUGCCACAGGGUCCCCCUGGGAAGAACUGGAUGAAGUGCCUGGGUAGAGGGAAGUCUGGGCUUCCUUGCUUAGACUGCUGCAACCGCGACCCAACUCCUGAUAAAUGGCUGAAGAUGGAUGGAUGGUACUACCUUGUGAAUCCAACAAAACAACUUUCAGUAACACUUAAUUUGAAGAGGAUUUACAUAAGCAUUCAUAACAUCAACACACACAUCAUGACACCUGACAUAAACAUCGGCCGAAAUAUCCACUCAUAGAUGGUUAUUAUAUCACUUUUAAUGUCAAAUUGACAUCCUACUGUAACAAUUUCCUCAAUCAGUGUUUUUAGAGCUGAACCCAAGAGCGAUCCAGAGGCAAAAGAAGUGUUGACGGGUUUAUUGUUAGUGACGCUGAAGGGAGGGAGGUAAUCUAAGGUCCGGGUGCGAGGAGGCUCUGAAGUAAGUGUAGAUCAUUUGACCAAUGAUUGUAUGACUGUUUGUCCUAGCGAAGCCACCGUACCACCUGUGCGUAUGCAGAACCAGCAUGCAUUAGGACGUUUAUUCAUUCAGUAGACCUGUGCUAAUGCUGCAACUAUGCUCUCUCUGUAUAUAUUGCUAGCACAUGAAUAAAGCAAGAGUUUGGUACAUCAGUCUGAUCCUUGACUCACACGGCACUGGGACUAGUUUUACACGGUGUCAAACUAUGGUAUGAACUCAUCGCCUGCAAGAAACUGUUUCGUUUAAUGGUGGAGCUGCCAUUCUCGUUGUCUUCUUUUUUCCCUUUGAGUGGUGCCCAGCUGAAGGCGCGCUGUUUGGAAAAUGGCGGAGGGUUUUCGCAGACCAGACCCUCUACUUUUCAACGAAAAUGUCGCAGAGAACUGGCGAAUUUUCGACAGGGAGUAUGACAUUUUUAUCACUGCUGCGCACCACAACAAGCCUGACAGAACAAAGGCUUACAUCCUCCUCAACAUCGCCGGACCAGAGGCCACUGAAUGGGAGCGUGCCUUUGUUUAUGCGGCCGAGGUGCACGCGCCAGGAGAGCGCGGUUCUCACUCCCGCAGAAUCCAGGGAAGACCCCUAAUGUUUCAAGAAAAAGUUUCGUGAAAUCUGAAACCCCCAAAACAACAGAAUGCUGGAAAGACACAAGUUCCACACCAGAAAUCAGAGACCAGGUGAGAGCCUUGAAUCAUUCAUAAGCGACCUAAGGAUCAAAGCCAAAACGUGCCAAUUUGGAGAGCCAACCGACGAACUAAUCUGUGACCACAUUGAAUGUGGCAUUACCAGUAAUGCUUUGAGAAAGUCCCUAUUGACUUGACACUUGCUAAGGCCAUUUCAACUUGCCGCAUUCACGCAAUGACAGAAGAAAGCAGCAAAACGCUAGCCACACAAGCUACCAGUGUCCAUGCAGUGAAGCCUGUUUUACGCAAAGCACAACAGAGACACACCCACUCCACAAACCAACGCAGCUUGCAACAAUUGUGGUGGGAAUAACGCAGCUGAACGUGAGAAAUGCCCAGCAUUUGGACAGCAGUGUCAAUAUUGCAGAAAGUUGAAUCAUUACAAGAGCUGCUGCAGGUCUAGACCAGUGGGCCAGAGUAACACAAAUAGCAAGAUGCCCAAACCGCCUGUACAUCAAGUGGAGGUAGACCAAACCUUAUCAUGCGAUGAUGACACGUUCAAAGUGGAUGGUGUUGAUGUUGACAGCCAUGUGAACUAUGUCAACUCCCACACAAAUGACAAGGAGGAAGGAUUUGUCACAAUUCACAUAAAUGGCAAGUCCACUAAAAUGAAGGUUGUCACUGGGCAAUGUCAUGUCACUAGAGACUUUUGAACAAGUGGCUAGUGAUGAGCACCUCAUCAAGCAAAAAAAAGCUGCCGACCUGGUUGCUUAUGGGGGCACAAGGAUUGCAACAUGUGGCAUGGCCACACUGCCCUGUUAUUUACAAGAAUAAUGUCUUUCUCUGCCUUUUUUCAUCGUGGACAAGAAAGUGCUGCUAGGUUUUCGUGCAUGCAAGGACAUGGACAUUGUCCAGAUGAGCCCUGAUGUCCAUCAUGUAACCACAGAGGACAACUUCAGUGCAUAUAUUUUUUUUCAAUAUAAGGACCUGCUCAGUGAUGAGCUUGGGAGGCUCCCAGUCACAUACUCAAUGACAGUGGAUCCCAACGUACAACCCGUGGUACGGCCGGCUCGCCGCAUCCCUGUUGCCAUGCAAGACCAGGUGAAGGCUGAAUUGGAAUGCAAGCAACGCAUGGGUGUCAUAACACCAGUCUCCCAGCCCACCGACUGGGUCUCCUCCAUGGUUGCUGCACACAAAAAGACAAGGAUGAAAUCAGACUGUGCAUCAACCCAAAAGAUAUCAAUACAGCAUUGAAAAUGCCUCAUCACCCCAUGCGCAGUGUUGAGGAGGUGGCAGCUCAGAUUGCAGGGGCAACAGUUUUCUCAGUGCUAGAUGCAAAGAAUUCGUUUUGGCAAAUACCACUCGACAAGAAGUCCUCACUGAUGACCACGUUCAGCACCCUGUUCGGGCGCUACAGAUUUCUUCGAAUGCCAUUUGGUAUCAACUCCACAAGCGAGGUGUUCCAGCGCUCCAUGGAACAGCUGUUGGCAGGUUAUCCAUGCUCAGUCAUUGUCGAUGACAUCAUCAUUGGAGGCCGGAGCACAGCGGAACAUGAUGCCAACCUGAGAGAGUGCUCGACCGUGUGAGGGAAGUCAACCUCAGGCAGAAUCCAGCCAAAUGCAAGUUUCGCCUGGACCAAGUCUGCUAUGCGGGCCACAUCUUCACCAGCGGUGGCCUAAAGGCAGGCCCCUCUAAAACAGCGGAAAUCACUGACAUGCCAGUCCCCACAGAUGUCACCGCUGUACAACGAUUCCUCGGAAUGCUAAAUUACCUAAACAAAUUUAUUCCGAACCUAAAUGACAUUGCAGCACCACUGCGAAAGUUGACCCACAAAGACACUGCAUGGUGCUGGUUCCCACAACAUCAGGCUGCAUUCGAUCGCCUCAAGUCAUGUCUGUCCAGCCCAGUGGUGGAGACCUAACAACAACCCCUGUUAACUAUUUUAAAGAAACCCAUUCACACCACCCCUGCCCGUCUCCAGAGAACGCUGCUUCAGUUGCAAAGCUAUGACAUAAGCCUGGUGUACAAGAAGGGCAAACUCAUGUAUCUGGCGGACACCUUGUUGUUAUACUGUUGUUAUACUGUGGAUUUUUUCUUAGUCUCCUUCAGGGAUCAAAAAAGUUCUUUUUCUUCUUAUUUCUCACAUCACUAUUAACAUUUGCGCAACAGUUGGUUCAACCGCCACAACAUUUAGUCAUUUGUGUACAUUAUAGUAGCAGUUUCUCAUUCCAUCCAACAAAUAGCAAAUGAUUUGGACUUAUACCUAUGGAACCUAUACCUAUACCUUACCUAUAAAACUAAUAGUCCUCAUUUCAUUGCUUGAGUUGUUAUAUAGAUAUAUUUAAAAAGUAUAUCACUCUGGGAUAGUGUGCUAUCCCCCACAUUUCAUUUGCUAAAUGCAUGUAUGUAGGGACAUCAGUUAAAUUGGGCCACUUUUUGGUGAAUUGCUCAGAAAAAGAAAUCUAUGACACUGGAUUCUGUUUUUAUGGUUAAUAAGGAAAGUUUUUUAUAUCUCAGUGUUGAAUUCAUGUAAUAAAACAUAACCGUUUAGGUCUUACUGCUUUUGAAACAUCAGCCAUUCACUUUUUUUUGAUAAGUUCAGUGUUCAGGUAUAAUGGGCCACCUGAUCAGCUAAAAUGAGCCACUGUAACUUCAAAGCAAAACCAAGUCAUUUCUGAAUAAACAAUAUAGUUUACUUUAAUUUCAACACACACACAUUUAACACUCCUCUCUCUUGUUUUCUCCUCCUCUCCUUCCCUCCCCUCUCUUUUUGUUCUCCAGCUCUUGUCUCCUCUCUGUUUCUUUCUCCCCCUCUCCUUUAGUCUCUCUUCCUGUCUCCUCCUUUGCUCUCCUCACUUUUUUUCUCAAUUGUCAUAAUCUGGAUAUAUCAUGCUUUAAUGUUACUUAUAUACACCUGUUACAUAUGUACAUACAUACAUAUGUGCUUAAGGAAAAAAGGUGAAAUAACUGAAAACACUUUUCAUAUUCUAGUUUCUUCAAAAUAGCCACCCUUUGCUCUGACUACUGCUUUGCACACUCUUGGUAUUCUCUCAAUGAGCUUUAAGAGGUAGUCACCUGACAUGGUUUUCACUUCACAGGUGUGCCUUAUCAGGGUUAAUUAGUGGAAUUUCUCGCUUUAUCAAUGGGGUUGGGACCAUCAGUUGUGUUGUGCAGAAGUCAGGUUAAUACACAGCUGACAGCCCUAUUGGACAACUGUUAAAAUUCAUAUUAUGGCAAGAACCAAUCAGCUAACUAAAGAAAAACGAGUGGCCAUCAUUACUUUGAGAAAUGAAGGUCAGUCAGUCCGGGAAAUUGCAAAAACUUUAAAUGUGUCCUCAAGUGGAGUCGCAAAAACCAUCAAGCGCUACAAUGACACUGGCACACAUGAGCACCGACCCAGGAAAAGAAGACCAAGAGUGACCUCUGCUUCUGAGGAUAAGUCCAUCCAAGUCACCAGCCUCAGAAAUCGCAAGUUAACAGCAGCUCAGAUCAGAGACCAGAUGAAUGCCACGCAGAGUUCUAGCAGCAGACCCAACUCUAGAACAACUGUUAAGAGGAGACUGCGCAAAUCAGGCCUUCAUGGUCAAAUAGCUGCUAGGAAACCGAUGCUAAGGAGAGGCAACAAGCCAAAGAGAUUUGUUUGGGCCAAGAAACACAAGGAAUGGACAUUAGACCAGUGGAAAUCUGUGCUUUGGUCUGAUGAGUCCAAAUUUGAGAUCUUUAGUUCCAACUGCUGUGUCUUUGUGAGACGCAGAAAAGGUGAACAGAUGGAUUCCACAUGCCUGGUUCCCACUGUGAAGCAUGGAGGAGGAGGUGUGAUGGUGUGGGGGUGUUUUGCUGGUGACACUGUUGGGGAUUUAUUCAAAAUUGAAGGCACACUGAACCAGCAGGGCUACCACACAUUUAUUUUUCAACAGGACAAUGACCCCAAACACGCCUCUAGGCUGUGUAAGGGCUAUUUGACCAAGAAGGAGAGUGAUGGAGUGCUGCGGCAGAUGACCAGGCCUCCACAGUCACCGGACCUGAACCACACACACACACACACACACACACACACACACACACACACACACACACACACACACACACACACACAUUGGACAUGCAUAGAAUAUCAUACCUGAUGGCUCAAUUUAGCUGAUAUCACCUAUGUGUAAGCACACCUGUGCAUGCAUGCUUUGAACUUUAUGGUGUUUUUCUUUAGUGUACAAAGACAAUCUUUUCCGUUAUAUUGAUAAUAAAGGUGAUCAUUACAGCAUGAAUUAAAUUAAUUCAGUAUGCUGUCCAUAAUUUUGAAGGAAUCCCAAUUAUAAUAUCCAUGUCAGAUAGGCUGCGUGAGGAAAUGUGGCGUUUAAAUGCUAUCCACAAUUAGGACAUUUAAUCCAAUUCAAUAAAUGAGUCAUAGCUAAUGUUACCAUGGUCUUAUCUAAAUGUACAAGUACGAAGUAGCUGUAGCUCGUCUGCACGAAACCGUAAUUUUGCUAUGAACGAGCAGCACCUGAAGGCGUCGUGCGUGUGUCUGUAAACAGGGAGAGGAAGUGCUGCUAUUGCAACAUAGCUGCCACGUCUGAAUGAGGACUCCUCUGCAGCAGCAGCGGAUGGUCUGAAGGGUCGGGAUGGGCCGGUACUGAGUGGAGAUGGGGGGAUGAAAGGGGGGGAGGAGGGAGUGACCAAGGAAACAGAGGAAACACGUAGAGCCUGAACACAGCACUCCUCGGCCGAGAGGAGCCUGGCUGUGCACAGCUCCAGCUGGAAGGAGCGGCCGCUGCUGUCUGGAGGAUCCAGCCCGCUGGAAGGAGCUCUUUUGUUCACUCGGAGGGGCCUGUCUCUGCGGUUUUCAGGGGCUGCUCCAUGCUCAGUCCAGGCAGGAUGGAGGAGUUUGUGACCGAAGAGGAAGAGCCCUGGUACGACCAGCAGGACCUGGAGCAGGGUAAGAUAAGACUGAGCGUCCUGUGCUCGCAGCAUCCUCAGUGGAGAUCUGCUGGCACCGGCCGGUCAGCUGGCCUCCUCCUAACAAUGGCUCUCUGUGGCGUCUAGAGACGGCAGAGAUGUCAUGUGGAUGUCUGCCUGAAUUUCCAUGUUAUCUGUCGAUGAUUGAAGCAGCCUUGAAAUUACAGGCUGUGCCUUUUUGACAACAAUACACUGAGCGCAUGCCAAGCCGGGCCUAACACAGCCAGCAUCACACUGACAGUCUUAAAUAUGAGGAUGAAUUCUGCAGUUUGUGGAUACAUUUAUACAGCUUUUAUAAAGCCUGUUGUCUGAAUGGAGCAAAGUUGUCUUUUGGAGCGAAAAUUGAAAGAUAUUUUUAUUCCAGCUGCUAAGCCCAACGAAAGUGUUUUCUAAUCCGUUUAAUAUCCAUUUUGUAUCCUUUAACCUUGGGGUUUGGACUGCUGGUCAGAUAAAAUAAAGCAGAAAACCACUUAAGGUGACGACUGUGAUUGACAUUUCCACCAAAAUUUUAACAAGAACAUUAAGGCCAGUAAUGGCAAACAUUGGCUGGUGUUCAUUUUGAAAAUGCAUUUUAAAUUAUUCUUAGUCAUUGUCUGAAAACUGUGGUUAACUCAUAUUAUAAUCUCGUUUUUAGCUAAGACAUCAUUCAGAAAGAUUCAGUUUCCGUCUUAGUCGAGUGUUAGUAGAUUUUUUAGUCAAAACUCCCUCAGACAGCUUCGUGGUGGUUUUUAAAGAAAGUCUUUCCUCCUGGCUCCAUAAAUUCCAGUGUACUGAAAAAACAGUUUUGACUCAUACUGCUUCCUUGUAAAAAAAAAAAAAGAUUAAAUGAUUAAAAAUCGUAAUGAAAGAGUGCAAAAAGUAACUGUUAAAACAACUCCCUCUUCUCUACAUAUCUGUAUGUUUAUUUGAAUCUGGUAAUAAUUGAAGAAUGUGUCAGGGUCUUAGUAUGAGUUUGAAAAAAUCUUAUAAUAAUAAUAAUAAUAAUAAUAAUAAUAGUAAUUAUUAUUAUUAUUAUUAUUAUUAUUAUUAUUAUUAUUAUCAUUAUUAUUAUUAUUAUUAUUAUUAUUAUUAUCAGUUAGCUAAUUGCUAGCUAGUUUUGGUUUUAUACCACAGACUGGGUGCAGCAGAAACAGGGGAGUUUUGAAGCCUAUUGACAGUGGUCGCCUGUAAACCCUUUUAGUAGCAGGUGUUUUUGGUGGGUGGGACUUAGCCGCAAGAAAAAAAAAUUCUCUUGACUUAUUAACCAGCAUUAGCCAGCAACUAGUUUUAGGCCUGUGUUGAGAUUAAUGAGGAUCUAUGUGAAUAUGUGAGGUCACUUACUUUCCAGGACUGAGGGUGUUACUUAUUUAAGUCAACAUAGACAAAUGGGAUCAACCUGACAGGCCUGUACACCCACUGGGCCAAUGAUUUGACUGCCAAAGGUCAGAUGGCUACUUGGGCAUUUACUCCUAACUGAGAGAGAAACUGUGUCUGAUAAACAUGAGUUGAGGUCCUGAAAGUCCUUGUAGAUGUUUUUGUAUUUGUGGAGUAAGUAGGGCGAAUAAACUGUUUCCUCAGGUUUGUUGGGCUAACUAAGCUAUCGUUAGCCUUUAGCCCCCUCACUAAGAGCCUUAGUAUGCCCACCUGAUCAGUUAAGUCAGCGCCCUCUGAUUUGCCAAACUUGUAACUUCAAGCUCAUCAAAAUUGAAGUUACAAGUUACAAAGAGUAAUAAAAAUACCCCUGCUGCCAGAAAAAUGUUAAUCAGACAUAGACCAUUUUUUCAACUGGGUUGUAACAUAUGGUCACCCUAUUAAAAUAAUGGCCUAAGUCAUUUUUUGACGAAAAUUAGUUUUUGGCCUAAAUCAUCUCUAUAGAUGAUUUAGGCUUGAUUUAGAUAGACGAUAAAAUUGCCUAAAUCCUUAGUUGAAAGAACUAGAAAUAAGGACUUUGGCGAUUUUACCAGCGAUGACCAGCAUUAUCAAGAGAUGAUUUAGGCCAAAAACUCAUUUUCGUCAAAAAAGGACCUAGGCCAUUAUUUUGAUAGAGUGACGAUACGUGGUUCCUGGGCUUUUGGACCAGCCUCUAGUGGACAUUUGGUGAACUGCAGUUUCCAGCACUUCAAUAUUGGCGUCAUUUCUCAGUGAGAGUUUAUACUGGGGCACAAGCUACAGAUAAAUAAUAAAAAAACAGAAAUUCAUGUAACUGAUCUUUCAAACAGCGCAAACCAUUUCAUCAGUACGUCAUGUAUUCAGAGGCUCGUAUCACCACCAAAAUAAAUGACUAAAAUUAAUAAUGUGGACUGAAAUUCUAGGAUUACUCAGGAUACACAAAGUUAAUCAAAACAUGGUAAUUUUCUUGUUUAGCAUCACCCUUAUGCUGAUAUGUGUAUGGAUGCUCAUAAACAGAGAUUUCAGAUUCCUAAAACUGACUCACUGAAGACAAUGAUCCUUAUUGUCCACUUACCUCAUUUCCUGCCUAUCCUUGUCUCUCAUGGCGAGUCAUUAGAGCGGUCCAUUUCCGGAGAUGCUUAGUGCUGAUGUUGUGGUUUACUUCACUGAAAAACAUUAAUGAAUAAACAGGCAGAUGUACACCUGCAGUCAUGAUGUAAGAGAUCAGGUCGACAACCUCUCCUCCUGCUACUAACUGGAUUUGAGGAUAAAAAUAGUCUCUAUUACUGGGACAAGAAGGAGGAGGAAUAGGAGGGAGGAAAGAGAGAGGAGACAGCACUGAAGGGACAACCACUCCUAAAUGUCAGGUUCUGAGCUCUUUGUUUGAGGAGCAGAGUGGAUGACUGAGCUCUCAGAGAGCAGACAGAGAUGCUGCUGCUUUUGUGUAACUGUACUUUGAUAUUAUGCAGGAAUCACAAGCUGGCUGAUUUGAUCUCAGUGCUGCAAAAAAGGCUCUUUUGCAAGUGCUGCACUCAGUCAACUGUAGAGCGAGGUUUCUGAUUUGAACAUGCCUGUAGCUUGAGGUUCCAUCACCAGAGACUAUGGAAGCCCAUGCACACUGGUUAAAAAAACUAAGAGUGGGUGUUUAUCAAAACAAAUCUUACAUACGAGGCAUUAGUAUGAGAUAAAAAGGAUAAGUUAUGGGAUAAGUCAAAAUAAUUGGAAAAAAAUCAGAAUUAUAUGAUACAAAUUCUUUUUAAUGAUAAAGUGAGCCUUAGUAUGGGUUAAAAAGUCAGAAUAAAAUAAAUUUAAAAAAUGAUAAGAUUGAGUUUACAGGUAUGCCACUAAAAAUGUCAUAAUUUUGACAUUUUAUAUCAUUAUUAUAACUUUUUCACUGAUUAAUGUUAUUUCAUCUCAUGAUUAUGACUUUUAUUAAUUAAUUUAUUUUGAUUUAAUAAUUGCAACUUACAGGCUUAAUAUUUUGACCAUGCACUAAUUUCUGCUUAUCUAAAAUGUUAACUUCAUUCUCUUUGAUAUGACCUCUUAUCUCUUUAUUUUGCCCUUUGCGUAUCAUUAAUUUGACUUUUUAUCCUUUUUUCAUAACUCUUUUUUUCCUCAUGAUUCUGCCCGACCCUCUCACUAUUUCCAACAAUUUAUGACUUUUAAAAUCAUAAUUACAAGUUUAUUCCUGAAUUUUAACUUUAUCUCACAUUACUAUGACUUGAUAUGUUUGACUUUUUAUCUUCAAGAUAUAACUAUAUUUUUAUAAAUUUUGACCGUUCAUAUAUCAUUUAGAUUUUUUUUUUUCAUUAUCAUAACUCAGUCUAAUUUUUUUUUACUUUGUUUCCAUCAUGUUAUUAUUUUUCUAUCAUAAUUCUGACUUACCUUCUCAUUAUUUCUUAUAAUUUCUUAUAAUUUUUAAUCAUAAUGAUGAAUUUUAUCUCUGAAUGUUUGACGAUUUAAAACAUACAGUUCACUCUAGAGAAAAGUAGGCUUUUAAGCUUUACUUGUUUCUGCUGCUGGAUCAUAUGGCUGUCUUUUGUCCUGCAUGCACAAUAUCUAAAUUUAAGCGUCUAUCAAUAUCUGUGGCAGCCGAAGUUGGUGACUUUUAAAGUCAGUAGUUAUCAGGAUUGUUAGAAAUCCCAUUUAGCCGUGUAUCUGUUACUGCAUUAUUUCUAGAGUGUGCAUGAUGAAGAGUUUGAUAAUGGUCUCAGUCAGGGGUGUCUGGCUUGUGCAGAGCGGGUAUGCUAACACGUAUGGUCCCCUUCUCCAGUAAGAUAAAUAUCUGCUCCUCACACUAGCAAUAAUAAGAACUGAAGAAGCUUCUUGGAUAAAAGGCAAAACAUCUUCUCAACUCUACACAGUCCAGUUGCCGGAUUUUGGAGUCUUCAAGAAAACCAUGACUUGGAAGAAUGAGAAUCUACAUGGACACUGUAUCACAGUGUAAAGAGAGGAAGAGAAGUGUUGGUGUUUCCAGCUCCUCUGUCCCAAUAAUCAGUUAGUUUUACCACGUGAGAGAAGAAUGAACAUUUCUUUAUGCACUGCUGUUUGUCUGUGUUGAACUCAUGUGGCAUCUGAAUAAUGUACUUUGAAUUUUUAUGUGUUCCUGAAACCCCUUUCUGCAGAGGGUCAGAAAUGAAGCAGGGAAGAGGAUGAGGGGAGUCUUGUUUUGCACAUUCCAGUAAUUCUCGUGGGUGACGUGCACAGCCUGAGGAAGAGGUGACCCCAGACAGAAUACUGACUUCCCCUCCAUAAAUAUGCACACACAUCGAACAGUAUGCGCUGCUUGGAAAGACAUAUUCACAAGCUUGUUGCAUUGAAAGUGAAGCUGAGUUCUUGUUAACACUGUGAACAGGUUGCAGCUGGUUUCUCGAACCAUGCAGGAAAUGUAUCCAUCAGACAUGAAUUGAACAUCCUGGAGGUUUGGCCCCAGAGGUUUCUUCCUGUUUGGGUAAAGCCUCAGGUCUGUCUGGAGUAAACUGAUAUCAUCUGUGGGGAAUAUUGACUUGCUAAGUCAUUUGUGAGUCGUAUUGAUUGAAUGUCUUCCUCUCCUCCACUCUCACUUUGUCUUUUUCCUUCUCCCAUCGUCCUGUUCAGCCUUUCAAAGCUCAUUUUUUGUGUAGAUUCCUGCAGUGUUUUUGCUGUCUGGUUUUCUCAUCAGAUAUUUCAGAUUGAAAUAGACUUGAACAGUUUAGCAGAUACCUCCCCACAGUGUGUAAGCUUUCAAUAAAUCGGGUGAUACUACAUGGCCUUGAAUCUGUGAAGGAAACAAACCGUUUGGAGCAAGCGUCAUAACAAGAUAUUCCAGUGACAGCAAAUUAAAUAUAACACAGUUACUGGCUAUUGUUUAAUAUUAAUUAUGGUAUAGAUAAAUGUAGUUUAAUAUUGCAUGUUAAAGAAGUGCCAGUCAUGUUCGGUUAUCAGUAGGAUAACCCUAUAGGAUGUAUUUUUUAUUUCACGAAUUAAUCUAAAGCAUGUCACCAACUUGAUAUAUUUCAAAAUAUAGCACGGAGGUGUUUUUAUUUUUCAACAUAGAACGCAUAUCAAUAAAGGGUAAAAGGUAGGCUCAGGUAUACUUUUUGCAAAGUGGGUACUUCCACAGAGCAGAGGCAGGAGAGUGGGCUGUAGAUGUAGUUUGAGGACAGAGAACUGUAAAUCUGUGCAUGUGCAGGGAAAAUCUGAAGUGUAAGAAAGCAGGCAAGCUGUUUACAGAGUUCUGACUAGACAACCAGUAUCCAGUGUACACAACCAACACACAGCAGUAGUCUGGAAGCCUCAGUGGGGACUCUUUAACUGUCAGUCCCAUAUUCAUCAUCUACAUGUUGUCUUUUGUGGUCAUAUUCUACUGAUCUGUAAAACACCACAUUUUCAUCAUGCAGUUGCUCUUCUCUCAUCAAAUUAGGAAGUAUGCAUAUAUAUUUUUUAAUCUUAUGCUGUAAAAAGCUGAAUGAAAUAUUGCAUAUUGAUCAUAAAAUUGGCCUUUGUCAGUGGGGUGAUGCCAGCAUGAGAAUAAAAGCUGGCUGGUUGGACUCUCUCAGUCUUUAAUGUUAGGGUAUCCAGUGGUACCUAAGCUGCUGAGCCGCAUAGGAAUUCAUUAUCAAGUCAGCAAAAAGUGAGAGCUGUUGGCAACAGCCUGCUCUGCAUCCUCCUUAUUAGUCUAAUUGAAGAGGGUAAGGGGGGAUUAUGGUUUAAUCACAUGUAGUGACCGAAAUACAGAGCCUGUUGUGCUCCAGGGCUGACAGUGAAAGUAGAAAUUAAUGGGAUCAGAGUGAACACCCAUUGCAUUACCCCUCUCAAUACCUGUCUUCAUGUGUUUUGUAUAUGAGGCCAUAACAGUGACAUAUCUGUUGAUUUCCAGCUGGUUUUUCAAACAUCCAGCAGAACUGGGGAAAGAUAUUCUGAAUAACAAACAGGAUCUCUAAAUAAUGACUGAGACACCAAAUGGCAAACUGAUGUGGCAUGGUUGCAGCUCAAUAUGCAACAUGCCCAUAUUGAUUCAGUGAAUAAAGAAACUCGUCAGGCCAUUCAUUUAAAUUCAGAAUGCUUCAUAAAGAAAAAUAAGAGAAUUAUCCCAUUUUUCAGAACAGAGGUUAAAUUAAACACCACCCAGUAACUGUUUUGAUUUGCUGCUGUCAUUCAAGAGUAAAUUAACAUGUUGACUUUUAGAGGAUGUUAAAAUCGCUUAUCAGCAGCAGAUGAGACAACCUGCAGGGUCUGCAGAGCUAACAUUUUUAAACUUGGCCAACACAGAUGUAUGAAAAUUUCCAUUCUUCAGCCUGAUAAGUAGGUCUUUCUCUACAUUAAGUUAUAUUUAGUGGUAUGGUUCUGGUCUGAAAACUCCCUGCUCUCAGACUAAGACCAGCAUUUAGAUUAGCAUUUAUGUAAUGCCAAGACAGGGAGUGCAGCAGCAAGACCUUCAGGAUCCCAAACAGAGUGAGCAUCAGUGGAAAUACACAUGACACUGGUAAAAUCAGACAAUAUCUGGAGUGGAGGUGGGUUUGGUGGACUGGUGGCCUUAUGAGGUGAUGUUCCUUCCGAUUUAUCUGUGUUAGAAAUACCUGAACAUCCUCAGUAAAUAUACUCAAGCUUCUGGUUGGGUGUAUGUCUCUUUUUGCUCCAUCAACUGCUCUCAUGGUUAAUGUUACAGUGAUAAAAGUCAAGACUUGGCAUCCCUCCUGGUGAGCAAUAUCCAAUAUUAAAGACAGAGCCAGAGCUGGAUGAGAGAUGACUACCUGCUCGGUGUAGUUUUCUGCUCUCUCUCUCUCUCUGAGAGAUCGCAGACCACAUCUUGCUGAGUCAGACUCAGAAAUGUACACCACCAGUAUAGCUGAGUCAGAGCACAACCAUAGCCAGUAUAAUGACAGUGACUCAUCUUAAUUUGGAUGUGCAUGAGCGAGAUUAUAGAACAAAUAAAGACGGUAGAGUUUGGUGCAAUGAUAAAAAUGUACUGUCAACGAGCUACUAUCAUUUAACUCCAUAUGACCCAAGUGGUCUAAUGCGGCAAAUUUCUGUCUGUUUCUGUCCAAAUGCUUCUCUCAGAAGAGAGGCAUCUUACCAAACUCUGACCUUCAUAUUCAGUCAGCAGAGAAAGGAGGACCUGCAGAGAGACAUGCUGCAGGGAGGGAGGAGUGCUGUCUCUCUGUCCUCCUGCUCAACCCCCUCUAUAAUUGAACUGGUGCUGAGCAGGCUGAGACACCAUAAUGGCCCUUUUGAUCAUUUUUUUCAGACCCUGUUAUAACCUCUCCUAAAAUAGAGCAGAGGGCUCUAUUUAUAGUGACAGUGAUAAUCUAAAAUGCAUGUCUGCAGUCUGUCCUCUUCUGUUUGAUUAAAUCCCCCCAUCUUGUCCUCUCAAUCCUCUGUCCUCGUCAUUUGUCUUUCACACAUUCUUACUAAUAAUCCCGCCUCUUGCCUCGCUCUCUGACCUUUUUUUUAACCCGUCCUUCUUUUUUUAGUCUCACUUCAUCCACAUAUUUAUUUCUGUACCAAUGACAGACCUUUCCAUCUUAAUUUCUGUCCACUUUGCAGACCUACAUCUGGCGGCAGAGUUGGGGAAGACUCUGUUGGAGAGGAACAAGGAACUGGAGGAUUCCUUGCAGCAGAUGUACAUCACUAAUGAAGAGCAAGUACAAGAGAUAGAGGUAUGACUGACAGAGGUCAACAACUUUAAAUUUGAUUAUCCACCACUGAUUUUGUUCUUCCUCCAAUAUCCUAAACUGUGAUUGGCUCUUUGCCUAAUGUCCUCUUUGAAAAUGAGAUAUUUGGCUGAUGUUGGCUUUCUUUUAAUUUCACUGUAGCUCAUCACCUUUUAUUAAUCCAGUAUUGACCAAAAUAUAUGAUGACCAUGAUUACAGGAUGACUCCCCUUUAUAAGAGGAAAACACUUUGUGAAGACCAAAUCUUAUACAGAAGCUAAUUUUAACCUACAGACACUACAAAAAGCUGAAUUAAACUGACCAGGAUACCGGUCUAAUGCAACCUUCUCAGUUCAGCUGACUGCAGAUACAGCCUCUGAUUGGCCUGUAGACCAAAACUAAGGAGGUAGCCUCUGCCCAGCACAGUCAGCCAACAACAGAACUGACAAUACCUCAACAACAUAAAUACAUUAAUCAUCUCAGUUUAUCUUUAUUUUUUUAAAAUUGAAACCUGACAGUUUCUGAAAAUGAAUUGAUCUUUGUGGGAUAGAAAAACUCCUGAAUGUUGCCGAACACUGAGAGUUUAUCCCCUUAAAACUGACAGUCUCACAAAGUGAGUGGAUUUUACGGUAUAGUUGCUACUUCUAUACCCCAUUGAACUUGCAAUAUACUAUCCCACUUCAUAAACUGGCACCACAUCACUUGUGUGUAUUUCAGCUGUAACUAUAGCUGAAUCAUUACCUUUAGUAUUUUUUUUAUGUUAUGAUGUCUGGCACCAUACAAGGCUUUGAUAUAGCAGUGAACAGCUUUAAGUGUGUUUUGAACAGCAGGGUCUGCAGCUGCUUUUGUGUGACUAGACCUGGUAGCCCACUUGACUGGUGCAACCCCCCCCCCCAAAAAAAAAAAAAAACAAAACAAAACCCCCCCCCCCCUAAAAAAAAAAAAAAAAAAAUUCUGAUUUCUGAUAUCUGACUCCAUUGUGUGGAUCUGAACAAUGGUUCACUGUGUAAGGACCCAUGUUAAAAAAGUGUGUCAUCUUUCAGUACCUGUCAAAGCAGCUGGAGGUUCUGCGGGACAUGAACGAGCAGCACGCUAAAGUGUAUGAGCAGCUGGACGGGACAGCUCGAGAGCUGGAGCACACCAACCAUACACUUGUGAUGGACAGCAAGGCCUCACAGCAGAAGAUAGAGAGGUAAGAGAGACUAACCUGCCUUUUUUGACUCCUUCUUGCUGUCAGGCUGAAACAUUAAACUUGUCCUCUUCAACCAGGCUUACAGGAACCAUAGAGUCUCUGCAGAACCAGGUGGAGUCUCUCUCAGGGCAGGUGGAGCAGCUUCGUUCCAUGGAGCAGCUCCGGGUCAGGAGGGAGAAAAGGGAGCGACGUAAGACCAUCCACUCAUUCCCAUGUCUAAGAGAGCUCUGCACAGCACCCAGGUACACUUUUUUAUUUAAUCUCUUAUUGCUCAGUUCAACAGACUUUUUCAGCUCUCCAGUGGGUUCAAAAACACACCUGUACUCUGUGUCUGUGUCUGUGUGGCGUCUCUUUCAGGUAUGAGGAUGAGUUUGUUGUGGGCAGAGCUGAGAGUUUCACUGCUGAUGUGAAGCCUCAGCCUUUUGAAGAGGAGAACCAGCACCUAAGGCAGGCCGUGUCAGCUCUGAGAGCAGCUGUACGGACGGAGAGAGGUCGUAGAGAGGGAGUGGAAAGGGAGUGUAACCUGCUGCUAGCAGAGUUUUCCCGUCUGCAAACUCGAGUCCAAGUAAGUGCAGGAUCAGAUACUAUAAGUCUAAUGAAAAGAUUUGCAUGCAGAAAUAACAAUGCAUAAACAUUUUUAUCUGGUACUCAUACUUUUCAUCCCACACCUUUGAUGUGCUCUGAUUUUUUUGUACUUUGUUUUAAAGACAGAGAAAGCUUUUCAAAUGUAUCAUGCCCUCAAUUACCCCUGACAAACAGUAACAGUACCUCACUAGUUAGGACAGUUGUUUGUUCAUUUUUAUAAGGACGGGUAUCAAAAAGGGAUGGGAAUUUUUGCAAUUCGAGCAGUGACUGACAUUACUAAAACUUUUCCUCUUUUGUACUCCAUUGUAAAUUAUUGAUAUUUUUGGUGUAUUGCCUCAAUGAGUUAGGACAGUGUAAAAAGUCGAUAAGAGUUGAUUUUAAUUUUAUUUUUCAAAUCAUUUGAAGCUUAUAUUUACAUGUAAACAGUGCAAAGACAACAUCAGAUGUUGAUCACCUUGACAGUUCUGCCCAAGGUUUUAGCCUGUGAAAGACAAGUUUUUUAUAAUAUAUUAUAUAUUAUAAUAUAUUAUUAUAUAAUAUAUUUUAUUAUAUUACAAUAAUAUAUCAUAAUAUAUAUAAUAUUGUUACAUAUAUUAUAAUAGGACAAUCAUUAUUUUGAGAUUUGACAUUUGAUGUGUUGUCUUUGCACAAUUUACAAUGAAUACAUGAAUAAUUGAUUACAAAAUAAUUCAAUUAUUUAUCAUCUUAACUUUGCAGAACAUGCUGUAUCUGGAUUAAAACUGCUUUGACUUGUUGUUUUUAAAGCCACUUUGGUUUACUAAACAGUAAUUCAAAGUGAUGAAGAUGCAUAAGCAGAUAUUUAAGACCUGUGCUCUGAAAGAUAAAUGUCUAUGAGUUUGAAUGGAGUCUGCUAGGUCUGGAUGUAGCAGCUGUCUCUAACUUUGGUAAAGGAUCUCACUCCACACACUUACUCUUGUCUGUGGAGUUACUUCUUAAAUGUUUUCAGACUUCCAGGAUACCAAAUCAUGCUCCUCUGCAUUAUAAGUAAAACUGAAGUGAACAUACUCUGAUUGGCACAUACGCACCAGAUGCAACGUGUUAGAGGCUGAUAAAUUCAGACUAUAAAAUGGGGGAAACCUUUGUAUGUUUGACAGUUAUCUAAAUUUAAAUGAUUGUCCAAGUAACCUGUAGGAUUAAUAUAAAGGUUAUUUUUGUCAUUUAGGAUGCUGAGAGCUGCCAGGGCAGGGUGAGGGAGCUGGAACUGGAGCUCCAGGAGCUUCAACAGCUGCGUCGUGCUCGGACUUUCCUGCUGGGCAGCGAGGAUGACGGUGUAACUCUCACUCAGACUGUCCUCAACAGUACUCCUGAGACGGACACCUUCCUGGAGGUGGAAGUGGGGGAAGCUGGUGGAGGUGUAAGGGAGGAGACAGAAGGGGGAGGAGGUGUUGGUGGACAGACCCUCCCUGACUCCAGCCCUGUGAGGAAAAGCUGCAGUGACACAGCGCUCAAUGCCAUUGUGGCGCGGGAUGCAUCCGGGCGCAGGAGAGGAAGCUACGCUCUUCACGCCAACAGUGUGAGGAAGAGGGGGAUGUCUAUUCUUAGGGAGGUGGAUGAGCAGUAUCACGCCUUACUUGAAAAGUACGAGGAGUUGUUAGGGAAGUGCAGGCGCCACGAGGAGAGUCUGUGUCAUGCAGGUGUUCAGACUUCUAGGCCUGUCUCUCGAGACCCGUCCAUGAAAGACUGUGCCAUGGGCCCCACCCCAGCCCCUCCACCCACCCCCACCCAGUCACCAUCCACCCCUGAGGCCAUUGAAAGCAUCAGCAAGCAGGUGGAGGCAGUGGAUAAGCGGCUGGGACAAAACACUCCGGAGUACAAGGCUCUUUUUAAAGAGAUCUUCUCCCGAAUUCAGAAGACCAAGAUGGACAUCAAAGCUACCAAAUCUGCGAAGGCCAGCAAGUCAGGCAAAUCUGGGAAAUCCAGCAAAUAGUGACGGAUAAACUGAUUUGUGCUCAUGAGAAAAAAGAAGUUUGUAUAGAACAGAGUCGAGAACGGGGCUUGGACAGUAUAUUAGGUACUAUUUAAAAACUUAAUUUGACAAUCUCAAAGAUUUUCACUUUUGAACAUGUCUGCUGAGUAAAAGGAGACUAAACAUACAGGCUGACUCAUUAAAACAUGAGUGUGUGGGGUGAAUUACAUUAUAAGUCACACAUUUUAAAGCAGCAAACAAGGGUACUGGAACAACUAAAAAAACAGAAACUGAUAGUUUUAGGGCCUGUGUCCUUUUAGAGAUAUUUUUCAUGAACCAGUUGCAGUUACGUGUUUUCAGAGCUUCAAUCCUCUUCAAAACCUCCUUGGUCCAUAAACACCCUUAGUGCAAAUUUGUGAGGUAAAUGUGCGUUGGAGUAAUCACAGGAUAAGACUUCAGGCUGGUCAGAAAGGUUUGUUCAAAAAAUUAAACAAGAACUAAACUAGAUCCAUGUGGGAUUUGCUCAAAUCAUAACAUAACCAACUCUUGGACCUUCUUAAAUGAGCAAAUCUGUCAUUCUAAAAGAAUAGAAUACAAUAAACUUUAUUGAUCCCCCCAAAGGGGAAAUUAAUAUUGUCACAGCAGCAACAGAUAUGACAGAACCCCCAAGAGCUAACAUAAAAAUAAAUAGCCAUGACAACAAUUAAAUAGUUCACAGUAAAUAAGAUAAAAACCCAAAAGUUGAAGUGCUCCACCUUGCUCGGACCUGUGUAUGUGUGUGUUUGCUACACUUCAUUCAGGCCUGUUAAACAGUCUGAUGGCUGUAGGAAGGAAGGAAGGAGUGCCUGAACCUCACCGUUCUGCACCUGGGGGAGUAAGUCUUGGCAGGGGUUUUCCAAGAUUUUGUUGAUCUUGUCCGUUUUCCUCCUCUCCGUCACUGUUUGUGGCCCACCACCCUGCUGGCCUUCCUCACCAGCCUGUUGAUCUUAUUCCGCUCUCCCUCCUUGGUGCCUCCACCCCAGCACACCACAGCAAAAAACAAUGUGCUGAUCGCCAUAGAUUGGUAGAAGGUGGCCAACAGUUUGCUCCACACAUUAAAGGACCUGAGCCUCCAUAAGAAAUACAUACGGUUCUGCCCCUUCCUGUACACAGCAUCUGUGUUGUCCUUCCAGUCCAGCCUGUUGUUAAUGUGGACCCCCAAGAACUUGUAGAAACAAGAGAAACUCGACCUGGCAACAGUGAAGGAGGCUUUCAGGAUGCUGGGUUUUAGAGUGCAGGGUUCCAGGAUGCUGGGUUUUUAGCAUUCCAAAACCCAGCACUCCAAUGCUGGAAAGGAGCAUCAUGGAACCUAGCAUUCUAGUGCCCAGCAUUCCAGAAGCAUCCACUACGGUUGCUAAAUUGUAUCUACUUUUAAAAUGACAACUUUGCUUACAUACGGAGUGUCACUAAUGUAAAACGAGCAUUAACGUCCUGUUUUAACCGUCACUUCGAAAGGGAGCUAAAGUGCUGUGGUGCAACUUGGAUAACCUGGCAACAGUAAGAGCCAGUGAGAAGCACUCUGGGAUAGAGGUCUUGGGUGUUGUCAGCAAAAAAAAAACAAAAAAUGUUGAUGGACACAGGCCCUAAAUGGAUUACAAUGCAUUACACAGAAACCUCCAUGGAAAUGAAAGUGACAUCUUUGAGAUUGUAACUUAUAUUGAAAACUAUCAAAGGAGGAUUUAGUGGUAUUUUUAAAAAGUAAAUGAAGCUGAGGAAAAGAGAUUGUUCCUCUUUCAAGUCAUUGAUUCAGUGCCCCUUUGAAACACUCAUUAUGCUGGCUUCUCUGCCUUACUGUUUUUAGCAUACAGUAAUGCAGUAACAGCAAUAUGCCUCUCAUGAGCCUUAAGUGCACUAACUAUUAGAGGAAAAAAAACCCACAAAAAAACAACACCUCUGAUCAAAACGUGUGCGAACUUCAAAAACUAAUAUUAACAUUAGCUGUAACUUUUAAUUUUGUUAUAAUGGACUCCACUAACAUUUAUAGAUAUUGUAAGCUAGAAAGUAAUCCUCUCAGGCCACAGUGCUGUCUGCCUCAAGAGUUAUUAGUAGGUGCUAACUAUUCACUCAUUACAUACAGUAUAUCACUAUAACAAUGGAUGCAGUUCAAAAUUAAGAUAAGCCUUUAAUAUUGAUCUUUAUUGCACUGGUGUCUAUGUAUGACCAUACGACUGCUUUUCUUAACAUGUGCAGUGCCUCACCUUUUAUUCCAGAGAUUUAAAUCCUCACAAUCUAAUAUCGUCAUGCCUUUAGUGUAAAUGUGAAAGUACAGUCAGCAGCCUGGUAGCCCAGUAAAGCAUUAAAGGUACAUUGUGCAGUUUAAAAGUACAUCUGCAUUUAGCAGAACAGACUAGAUAGCGAUGGAAUAUAAUGGAAUAUGUAUAGAUUUACUUCGAAUGUUUUUACUGUGUUUGUCAGUGAGCUUUAAAUUUUCCUGGUUUUGGUUGUUGGUUUGGCAAGCUAACUAGCUGCUGGCUGUAUCUUAACUUUUAUAAAACAGACAUGUAAUUUCGUCACCAGUUUCCUGUAAGAUAACAUAUAAGCCUGUUUCAAACAUGGUGAACUACACUGAUGUAUUCUUGAAAACUUUUACACUCAUAUAACCCUGUGAAAGUGACCAGAUGCCAGGGGCAACAGAAAAAUCUACUGAUCGAGAUGUCUUAGGCCUUUAUCUGAAGUGAGUGAUAAUUACAGUAUAGACUGUAGUUUAGAUAGUUUAACUGUGUUUGACUGUGUAAGAGUUAAAAUCCCACUACAUGCUUAAAUGCUGCUGUCUUGCAAAAGACAAUCUCUGGGGAUUGUUAUUUCCACUAUUUCCUGGGCAUUAUGAACACUCACCAUACAGAAUAUAAACAUCCUGAUCCCAAGAUGUCUUAGAAGGUUUUAGACUAGAUCACUGAAUCAGACACCUGAAAACUUUGGUUUUAUUUCAACACGUCAUAGAUCAGGAAUGAAAAACUGGGAGUAAUGUCAUAAAAAGGGCAAAACCACAGACUGUAUUUAGAACAGACGACACUUCAUUUCUGUCCAUUUAGAGCUGUGAAGCCAAAAGAUCACCCCCUUGAAAGCUAACAUUUGCAGUGGUUAAGCCAUGGCUUGAUAUGCAAUAUUACUGUACAGGUCACCUUAUCUGUUGACAGUUAACUAAUGGCCUUACUUUUUUUAUUAACCAUAAACAUGGAAACCUUCAAAAUUGUAACCUCUGUUCAGUUUUCUUUGACGUUAUCAUUUUUGCAUUUCAUGACCUCACUGUAGGAAUGCUGCACAGAUGCAUUUAUGCUGAGGUGGGGAGUACCUAUCGAUUGCAAAAGACUAGGAUGUAAAAACAAGCUGUAUAAGCUCUGGGAGCUGAAAGAUCCAGUUCUUGCUGAGAGGAAUGAUCUGGAUCACCUGAAAGAGUACAAAUCCUUGUCACUCACAGCAGUUAAGUUGAUGUUGUCAAGAGGAAGGAUCCAACCUCUGCUCUAACAUGGUUAGAUUCUGGAUAAUUUCAGCAAGAUCUUAAGGCCUGUGUAGAUAUGGAGUGUUUGUGUUGGGUUUAAGGGAUACUUCAGCAUGUUUUUAAAGAGGGGUUAUUUGAUUUACAUGCCACUAUUAAGUGUUACAGCCAAAAUGGAUGUUGGUCAGCAUAACCCCGGUAAUGAUAACUGCAGGAAGGACUGGCACACAUGCUAGGCUACAGUUUUCUGCAGAGGGGGAAGACCAUGCAAUGAAAAUUAGCUAAUUUUAAGAGUCUGACCCAAGCCAUCAUCUUAGUUUAGGUGCACUGAGAAAUUUUCAGCAAUUUUUGCAUAGUUUGCAGACACAACACAGACGUGCUUUUCUGUAUGCAACAAGAUCAGCAGGUUCAUGAUAAACAAGUCCUUGAUGUAUUGGAUAGUUUUCCAUCUUGUGUAAGCUGCUGCUAGAUUUGGAUUUCUAAAGGUCCAGAGGUGCUGUUGGUAACGAAUUCCCCUCUUGACAAUUGGGAGUUUUUUCUAUUUGUACGUAGCUCACAUUUUACACACCUGAAUCACAAGGUAACCAGAGAUCUUUCCUGUUCUCCAGUAAUUUCAGAGGUUUCUCAUCUUCUUACUUAAAUGCACAGUCAACUUUUUCUCUGUAAACUUUGGUUUAUAAAGAUGUCCAUGUGAGUAUGCAGAAAGCAGCAUGUCAGAAUAACUUAUUUUUUAAUUUGGUCGUAUUUUUCUCUUUGAAGCAUGGAGACCAAACAACUGAGAGGGCAUUUCUGACAGUAAAGUGAAGUGCUGAAAUUUUUCUCAGUAGCACAUACACUCAAAAGGAAUUGGUAUCUGGUUCAGAGUCUCUAAAAAUGAGCCAAAAUAGAUGGUGAAGUAGGCCCCAUCUGCAGAAAACUGUAGGCCAGCUUGCAUGUGGUCACUUCGUGACACAUAACUCAUAAAACCCAGUUCAAAAAUACUGAAAUACCCCUUUAAUUAUUUGACUUGCCAAUAUUUUGAGCCCUGGCUUAAAUACCUGUUUCCCCUGCAUGAAAAACAAAACCAGUUUGUUAAUAUUGUGGUGAUUCUUUUUUGCAGUCAGUGAUAGAUGACACAGACUCUUACUAUUGUGGAAAGUUUGACUCUUGUUUGAUUUGUGUUUUCACAGGCAAAUCCUUCACUAUUUUGAAAACAUGGUUAAAGGCACUGCAGGAAGCUCAUUUUGUCAACAGAGCUGUCAAUCAUGAUGUCAUGGCUGCUGCUUUUAAAAUUAAAUGACUGUCUAAUGUUAAACAUCUCAGAAAAAUGGACAUAAAUCAGUGAAGAAAAAAGUAUGACAGAAACCAAGUUUGAGAACACUGAGUUCAAGCAUACAUUAUUUUUUAGUUUGCCAGUUUUCCCAUCUGUUUUGAGUACGCAGGCAGUGUUUAUGACUUGUUUUGCAGCUGGUCACUAGGGGGAGCUCUAAAUCCUUUGGCUUUAAAGUAAACAGAUACUUAUGGUGUCCUUUUUAUAUACAGUCUGUGGACAUAACCAAUGUGUUGUGUGACUAGUAAAUCAAGACAUUUGAUGGAGAUUUGGAUGUUUAAUUCAAUAGUGAAAACUGACAACACAGUAGUUAAAAAAUGUUUUUAGCUUUUUUAUACAAGCGUUAAAACUGUUUUCCUUUACUAACAGCUUGAUGAACACAUUGUAAAGUAGUGUAACCAGUAUAAGGCUUCAAACCAGGGCUUUGUCUAACACUCAGCAGUCUUACCAAACCCUAAACCAACCUGCAAAUAUGUUGCACCUUUUUAGCAACAUACAAUACUUCUGCCUUUUUCUGGGUGACUACUUAUAAACCUUUGUUAUCAUGAAUGUCAAUAUAGCUUAUCCAUGUCUGGUUCUUCCGCUAAGUAGCUUCAAACUUUUCACAGACAGCAUGGCUGACACCUGAAGGUCUUGUGUGGGUAAUGUUUUUAAAGGGUGAAGGGUGGAAGUUUAGGUGAAGUCUGGUACUGAAAUCAGGGGCAACUUUUAAUAAAACUUCACUGCCUGUGGCAGCAAAGGAGCUGCCAAAGACUGUGAUGUUCAAAGUGCAUUUAAGGUCAGUGCUCAUGUCUGCGAAAUUAUUAAAGCAUGUUGAAGGAGGAAUAUGUUAGCCUGGACAAAACCACACCAAACCAGAGCCGCUCACCUCUCAUGGAGGCUCACAGGGUUUCUGUACUGUAAUGUCUUACUUAUUGCACUUGAAAGUGUUUGAGGCCUCAUCUUUUGCAUAUUUAGAGUAGCUUGUACAAAAUGUACCUGUGUAUUCAUGUGUGUGAAUGUUUGUUUUUCUUUUUCAGUGCCUAUAUGUGAAUGUCACUAACAAACUGUCAGAAUAAACUUAUUUAAUUUUCUUUUAAUUCUAAG